AUGGAAGAAAUGAAUAAGCAUUCGAAGUCCUUGUAUGCAUCUGGGAGCCAGUCUAGAGGUGGUUUACACCCGCCGAAAUUGGAAGUUAAGCCUAAGAAGUCAUCUGCUGAGUUUUCAUCCACAUCGAUUAUUGAUAUGCUUGAGGAUGAUUUUGAACUACUUUCGUAUGGAAGCAAUGAUGAAAGUAAUGACUUUAUGAGUGAAGAUGAGAAUGAGACAGCAUAUGCUAUAACUUCUAAUGAGUUUGAAGAAUAUUCUGAUAUUGGAGAUAUGAAAUACACAUGCCAAUAUUGUGGUGCUCUCCAUUGUCCCAAUUUUGUUGAAAAUAUUAGAACUUAUAAUAGUGUAUUUGCGUUCACAUCAUUUGGAGGAAAAAUCGAAACUGGAUUGAAUGAUGGGGGUGGUCCACCGCAAUUUAUUAUUAGUGGUCAAAAUUAUCAUCGUAUUGGGAGUUUGAUACCUAAUCAGGGUGAGAUUCCAAAGUUUGCGCAGUUAUACAUUUAUGACACCCAAAAUGAAGUGCAGAACAGAAAGUUACACUGCAGGAAUUUGGAUGGGAGUAGUAAAAUAAAAGAAUCCCUAAUUGAAGAGUUAUUAGCUAUGGUUGAUGAGUUCAACAGUUUGGUGAAAUCCUUUAGAAUGGCUAGGGAUUUCAUUGAAACUCAUCCAAGGAGUCGAAUUUCUCUGCGAUUGUUUAGGGAUAGGCCUAAAGAUCCAAGAGUUUAUAAUUUACCUACUGUAGAUGAAGUAGCUGCACUUAUUGUUGGAGACUUUGAUUCUUCUGAUUGUGAGAGAGAUAUUGUCAUAAGUGAUCUUGAUGGGACUCUUAGACGCAUUCCUGAGACACACACAUCUUUUCUACCAUUACAAUAUCCACUUCUUUUCCCGAAUGGAGAGGAUGGAUACAGAGAAGAUAUUUCGUUUCGUGAUGAUGGUGAUCGUCGAGUAUUUAAAAAAAGAGUUCGAAUAUCAAUGCGUGAAUUUUUGGCUUUUAGAAUUCAUGAAAGGAAGAAUGAGGAUUCAUUGAUUUUGCGAAGUAGAAGAUUGUUUCAACAAUUUCUUGUGGAUUGCUACUCUAUGGUUGAAGCUCAAAGAUUAUCUUAUGUCAAGGCCAAUCAACAAACUAUUCGACGAGAUUUUUUAUCUGGAUUGCAAGAAUCUGUCGAUAGAGGUGAUGUUCAUCCAGGAUCGGUUGGCACUCGGAUAGUUUUGCCGGCUUCAUUUACUGGGGGUAAAAGAUAUAUGUUCAACAAUUGUCAAGAUGCUAUGGCCAUAUGCAAACAUGUUGGUUAUCCAGAUCUAUUUAUUACAGUAACAUGUAAUCCGAAGUGGCCUGAAAUCCAACGACAUGUUUCUGAAAGGGGGUUGAGUGCAAAUGAUCGCCCGGACAUAACAUGUAGGGUAUUUCGCAUGAAAGUUGAUGAGAUAAUGGGUGAUUUGAAGAAAGGUGAAAUUUUCGGCAAAGUUAGUGCAGGGAUGUAUACUAUUGAGUUUCAGAAGCGUGGUUUGCCACAUGCGCAUAUACUUAUAUGGUUAGCUGCUGGGUCAAAGUUAACAACACCUGAUUCAAUUGAUUCGGUUAUAUGUGCUGAGUUGCCAGAUCCAAUUCUGUGUCCAAAGUUAUUUGAUGUUGUGACGGUAUACAUGGUUCAUGGCCCAUGUGGUAUUAGUAGAAAGAAGUCCCCAUGCAUGGUGAAUGGUCGGUGUUCGAAGUUUUUUCCCAAAAAAUAUGUUGGCAAGACUUCGUUUGAUGUUGAUGGCUAUCCCAUUUAUCGGAGAAGGAAUACAGGGAUUGUUGUGGAGAGAAGAGGUGUUAAGUUGGAUAAUGGUUACGUUGUGCCUUAUAAUCCUAAGCUACUAAUGAAGUAUCAAGCCCAUAUUAAUAUUGAAUAUUGCAACAAAUCGAAUUGCAUCAAAUAUUUGUUUAAAUAUAUAAAUAAAGGGGUUGAUCGGGUAACAGUUUCGAUGAAUAAUGCUGGUGAGCAAAAUCAAGAUGUUGUAGAGGUUGAUGAGAUACAACAAUAUUAUGAUUGUCGCUAUUUAUCACCUUGUGAAUCUGCCUGGCGGUCAUUUUCUUUUGAUAUUCAUGAACAUUGGCCACCUGUUAAAAGAUUGUCAUUCCAUCUACCAAAGCAACAAGUAAUUUUAUUUGGUGAUCAUGAACCAAUUGAUUCAGUGGUUGAACGUUCAGAAAAGCGAGAGACUAUGUUUACUGCAUGGAUGGCAGCUAACUUGAAAUAUGAAGAAGGUAGGCAUCUAACUUAUGCACAAUAUCCUCAAUAUUUUGUGUAUGAUGAUAAGAAGAUUGAGUGGCGGCCUAGGAAAAGAGGUCUUUCUAUAGGAAGGAUCAACUUUAUACCGUUGGGUUGUGGUGAGGUUUAUUAUCUCCGAUUAUUGUUGAACUUGCAAUCUGGAUGCACAAGUUUUGAUGACUUGCGAACUGUUGAUGGUAUUCUUCAAUUAAACUUUCGAGAUGCUUGCGUAGCCUUGGGGUUGCUUGAGAAUGACAAGGAAUUCGUAGAUGCUAUAAUUGAUUGUGCAGAAUUGUCUGCGGGUAAAUCUGUGAGGGAACUCUUUGUCUUCUUGCUACAAUCGAACUCUAUUGUAAAACCUGGUGAAGUCUUUGAGGAAAUAUGGAAUCUCCUUGCUGAUGGAAUUCUUUAUCAAAGAAGGAAAUUGCUUUGCCAACCAGAGCUUCGUUUGGGUGAUGAAAUGUUGAAAACCCUUUGUUUAGUUGAAAUAGAGAAGGCUUUAGUAAGGAAUGGAAAAAGUCUAAAGGAUUUCCCAACAAUGCCAUAUCCUUUGUCAAAUGAAGUGCCCCAAUUUGAUAAUGUUUUAUUAUUCAAUGAGUUAAUGUUUGAUGUUGAUGAUAUGGUGAAGAAGCACGAUGAUCAUGUUAUUAAGUUAAAUAAAGACCAAAAGAUUGUAUAUGAUGAGGUUUUGGAUGCAGUGAAGGAUUCCAAAGGAGGUUUCUUUUUUGUGUAUGGUUCGGGUGGCACUGGUAAAACUUUCUUGUGGAAGACCUUAACAUAUAGGUUAAGAGGAGAGCGGAAAGUUGUAUUGAAUGUUGCAUCCAGUGGUAUAGCUUCUCUCUUACUUCCUGGUGGUAGGACUGCACACUCUUUAUUUGGUAUUCCACUUGUGUUAAAUGAUGAUACUUGUUGCAAUAUUAGGCAAGGUAGUAAUAAGGCGGAUUUGCUAAAGCACACAAGUUUAAUUAUAUGGGAUGAGGCGCCGAUGGUGAAUAGGUGGGCAUUUGAAGCCUUGGACAGAACUUUACGUGAUAUUAUGAAAUUUGGAAGUCCAUCUGCAGCACAUAAACCUUUUGGUGGUAAAGUGGUUGUUUUAGGUGGAGAUUUUAGGCAGACCCUUCCCAUUAUUCCAAAAGCAAAUCGUGAAGAAAUUGUGAUGGCCACGAUUAACUCAUCCAGGCUUUGGAAAUUUUGUAAGGUUUUGAAACUAGAAGAAAAUAUGCGUUUGAAACAACCCGGUGUUGUAGAAAACAUUAAACAAUUGGCAAGUUUUAUCCAAUGGAUACUUGAUGUUGGUGAUGGUAAGGUAGGUGAUUACAAUGAUGGGGAAUGUGACAUAGAAGUUCCUGAAGAUUUAUUGGUUGAGGUUAAAGGGGAUCCAAUUUCAAGUAUAGUGAUGUCAACUUAUCCUGAUAUUGAAAGAAAUUAUUUUCAAGAUGAUUACUUUAUUGACAAGGCAAUUCUUGCUCCUACAUUAGAAAUUGUUGAAACUAUUAACCAAUUUGUUUUGUCGUUAGCACCUGGUAAGGAAACAGUUUAUUUGAGUUGUGAUAGCAUAGUGAAAUUGGAUGAAGAUGUUGGGAUGGAUGCAAGUUGGAUUACCAUGGAAUUUCUAAACGGCAUUAAGGGUUCUGGUCUACCUGAUCAUAAGUUAUGUUUGAAGGUUGGAGUGCCUAUUAUGUUGAUGCGAAACAUGGAUGUUGCAAGUGGGUUGUGUAAUGGGACUAGGUUGAUUGUUGUAGAUCUCAGACCUAAGCUAAUAUAUGCAAGAGUAUUAAAUGGGAACAAAGUUGGGAAGAAAGUUUGCAUACCACGUAUGAGUAUCAUCCCAUCUGAAAGCGGGUUACCUGUGAAGAUUCAACGAAGGCAAUUUCCAGUUUGCGUUUGCUUUGCAAUGACCAUUAACAAGAGCCAGGGUCAAACAUUAGCUCAAGUUGGGGUUUUCUUGCCUAGACCUGUGUUCUCGCAUGGUCAAUUGUACGUUGCUAUUUCAAGAGUUAAAUGUAGGGAUGGUUUAAAACUGUACGUUGAUGAAACCGGAAAUUCACCAUCGAAGCAUACAAAGAAUGUCGUGUACAAGGAGGUAUUUAAGAAUUUGGGAUGA